GAGGAGCGAGAAAGUAGCUGAGGGAGCCUGUGUCUCUUAUAGAACAGGAGCCAUGCCGCGCCGGGGCCUAGUGGCGGGGCCAGACUUUGGUUGUUUUAAGCGUCGUUAUUUCACGCCGUCAGAAGUAGCGGAACACAACCAGCCCGAAGACCUAUGGGUGUCUUAUCUGGGAUUUGUUUACAAUCUAACACCACUUGUACAGGAAUUCAAAGGGGACCUACUGUUGAAACCCAUCCUGGAGGUUGCAGGCCAGGACAUUAGUCACUGGUUUGAUCCAAAGACCAAAGACAUUCGCAAGCACAUAGAUCCACUGACUGGUUGCGUGAGAUAUCGCACCCCGCGAGGCCGCUUCGUGCAUAUCCCGCCUCCUCUGCCCCGUUCAGACUGGGCCAAUGAUUUCGGAAUACCCUGGUGGAAGGGGCUAAAUUACCAGGUGGGACGGCUGUCUGCCCAGACCCGGAACAUCCGUAUUAUUAACACUCUUACAUCACAGGAGCACACACUGGAGGUGGGGGCUCUGGAUUCAAUGUGGGAAAUCCUACACCGCUAUCUCCCCUAUAAUGCACAUGCUGCCAGCUAUACAUGGAAAUAUGAUGGGAAGAAUUUGAACAUGGAUCAAACCCUGGAAGAAAAUGGGAUCCGGGAUGAAGAAGAAGAGUUUGACUUCCUUAACAUGGAUGGUACACUUCACACACCCGCAAUACUACUCUACUUCAAUGAUGACCUCACAGAGCUCUAGGAAAGGAGAUGUGCAUGUAGAUGUUUGAGUUUGCCUCUUUCUGUCCUUGAGGAAUCGAGGUGUGGGUCUGUGGGGCCUGGGCCUACACCUCUGUUCCCUGCUGGGGCUCAGCCUGUGGUCCAUGUGCCUUUCUGACAUGUAAGGGCCUUAUCCCUGGCUCCUUUGCUCAUGGAUGAUUUGCUCAAAGAGCAUUAGAGGGGUCUUAGGAGAGAAUCCUCAGAACAGAAAGAGACCUAGAGGCUCAGGAAUGGGAGGAGAUAAGGCUCAGACAGAACUUUUGUAGUCGUAAGAGAAAGACACAAAGGGAUGAAGGGAUGGAAGAUCGUUUUUGGUAAAAGGGAGAAUGAGAUGUUAGUAGGAAGGUGGGAUUUACAAAGACAGGAUUUGGAAAUUAGUAUCACCAGUCAUAGAUGGUUGGUUGACUUCCUUUCUAAAGGUGUUUACUAGUUGGUGCCCUGGGAAAAGUGAAUGCAUUUAGUUUAGGAUUGGAAAUAUGCUGGAGUUUUACGCUGCUAAGUACAGCUGUCCUAUAGGGUGACUACAUUAGUGCCAUUUCACAGAUGCUCCCUUAGGAAUUUACAAAGGUUUAGUAGCACAAGUGCACGUUUGUGGUAGAGCCACAGUGCACAAACGUGCCCUGCUCUGGAAGUCAGGCUGUUUUUAGUGUAAAGGAACAUUUUCAGUAGCUUUGCCUAAUGCUACCAUUUUUUUUUUCAAACCGUGUAUUUGGGAUGUGAGCUUGUCCAAGGCUUGCUGCAUGAUGGGGAAAUGUGAGUCUAUUGUGUACUCAAUAUUUUCUGUGUUUGCAGGGAGUUAAUUAAAAGAGUACUCUGGGGACAGAGGCAGGGAAGGCUAAAUUUCAGCCAAGCACUGCUACUGAGGCUACUUCCUUGUUGCUAUCAUAACAAGAUUUCUGAUUGUUGGGGGUGGGGAGUGGGGAGGCAACAAUAUAGAUAUUUACUGACUCCAGGCAAAACCAGAAUGGAGAAAGGUCUGUAGAUCAAGACAUUGUAGUGAGGACCCAAUAGGGGGCGCCUUCUUUUUCCAGUAGGCCUUGCCACUUACAGACAUCAAGGAAGACAGAGUUGUUUGUCAAAUGGUGACCCUAAAAGAAGUUUAUUGGGGUCAGAAAGAGGGGAGCUAUGAGAGGCAGACAACUCCCAUAAUGACUGGCUACAUCUGGUUCCCUUUGUCUCUAACAGAGGAGGGGAAUUAAGGAUAACUGAUAAAUUGAGCCAGGCAUGGUGGUUUUAAUCCCAGCACUGGGGAGGCAGAGACAGGUGGAUCUCAUGAGUUCCAUGCUAGCCUGGUCUACAAAACAAGUUCCAGGAACCCUGCCUCAAAACCGACAACAUAGUAACUGAUAAGUGAGCCUGCAGCAGGGGCAGCCAAUAUGAGUCAAGGAGCCUGCAUCUUCCCAGCCGCGGGUGGCCUCCACGAGACACUGGCUGGGCUGCACUGCCACUGUGGGAAGCAUGAGCAAAGGUCAAACUCCUGAUUUCAGCUAUUUCUUAGUCUACUGGUGCUGAAGACUUUCACUUAGUCCCAUGCGGCCUAAGAGUCCAUACAUUGUCUGAAUCAAUAAUCGUGAUGUUCAGUCAGCUUGGACAUGAUCAAUGUUUAUUCUUAUUUGUUCUUCUAAGUCUUAAACUAUUUGAGAGCCAAAGCAGUUCCUCCUAUGACUUCUGCUGGGAAUGUUCCAGGGUGUCUCGUUCUGCCCAGGUUUCUCUCUUUUCCAGAACACCCCACUGGUUGUAGAUUGCCUGGGGCUUCAUUGUGUAGCCCUGGCUGGCCCAGAACUCAGAGAUCACUUGCCUGUUCACAACUUCUUGUUAGAAACACACACUCCUUUCCCUAUAAGCCCAAGCACUCAUCAAUUUUAUAUCUAAGAAUCUUUGGAAUCUGUUCUUUUGUCUAAUGUAAUAACCAUCUUUGUCUCAGACUGUUGGGAAACCAGCUGACGUCCAAUUUCUGCCUCUGCCUUCACAAACCUAAAUAUCUUACUUUCUGCCUCAGAUCUUCAGUAGGUUUUUCAUGCUUUUGGAAUAAAGCUCUAAAUAAAGCCUUGCAUAAAUCAGGCUCUGCCUUCUUUGCCCAUGGCAACCCCUCACAGUUGUCCUUGUCCUGCAAGCCAUGAGGUCUCUUCUUCCCUUAGUUAACACAGAAACUGUUCUCAGUGCACCAUACCCUUCUACUUUGCACCCUGAUUAUCCUAAGUAUCCGUUGUUUUAAAGUUUUAUUUAUUUUAUAUGAGUACACUAUCACUGUCUUCAGACACACCAGAAGAGAGAAUUGGAUCCAUUACAGAUGGUUGUGAGCCACCAUGUGGUUGCUGGGAAUUGAACUCAGGACCCAGUCUGGAAGAGCAGUCGGUGCUCUUAACCACUGAGCCAUCUCUCCAGCCCCCGUUUUUUUUUCCUUUGUCUUUUUUGGCCCACUUCUCAGCAGUAUGCAUUUUUCUAUGUUUUAUUAUUACUUUAAAACUAUGUAGAAUGGGUGAAAAUGGCUGGCUGGCUGCUAGAUUGUAAGCUCACGAGGGCAGAAACUCACUCUUUUCUGUAUUUCCAUUGCCGGGCACAUAGCUGCUGCUCAAUAAAUAUGACUGAAGGAACCUGGA